ACGACCAAUAUCCUUGGGAGCACCUCUCUGUCGUAAAAAGAUGGAGAGUGGUAAAUGGGUGCUCUUUCUUCCUCUCUUCUUCCUCCUCCUUCGACUCCCAAGUGGCAGCUCUACAAGCCAACAAGAGCUGGAUAAGAUUCUUGAGCUCCCUGGACAGACCUUCAAUGUGAAUUUUUCUCAGUAUUCUGGGUAUGUCACAGCCAAUGAGGAAUCUGGAAGGAAUCUGUUCUAUUGGUUAAUUGAAGCUGUUGAAGAACCUUCUACAAAACCCCUUGUUCUUUGGCUCAAUGGAGGGCCUGGAUGUUCUUCAAUUGCUUAUGGGGAAGCAGAGGAAAUUGGUCCAUUUCAUGUUAAGCCAGAUGGAAAGACCCUUUAUCUAAAUCGUUAUUCUUGGAACCAAGUGGCAAACAUCAUCUUUCUUGACUCCCCAGUUGGUGUUGGCUUUUCCUACUCAAACAAUUCCGAAGAUAUUCUGAACAAUGGAGAUAAGCGGACUGCUGAGGACUCAUUAGCGUUUCUACUUAAGUGGUUUGAGCAAUUUCCACAAUAUAUAGGAAGGGAUUUCUACAUCACUGGAGAGAGCUAUGGAGGACAUUAUGUUCCUCAGCUUGCCCAAGCCAUUGUAAGGCACCAGUUUGCAGCUGGGAAAAAAACAAUUAAUCUGAAAGGAUAUAUGGUGGGAAAUGCUCUGACCAAUGAUUUCACUGAUCACAUGGGGGUUUUCCAGUUUAUGUGGUCUGCUGGAAUGAUUUCUGACCAAACCUACAAGCUUCUGAACCUCUUUUGUGACUUCGAAUCAUUUAUUCACGCCUCAGACCAGUGUAAUAAGAUUCUGGAUAUUGCAAGCGAAGAACUUGGAAACAUUGAUCCGUAUAGCGUCUACACUCCUGCCUGCACUGGCAAUUCUAGCUCAUCCAGUAGGCUGCUGAAGAGACUGUUUAAGGUUGGUCGCAUCAGUAAAAAGUAUGAUCCAUGCACUGAGGCACACUCAACUGUAUAUUUCAAUUUACCUGAGGUUCAGAAGGCACUUCAUGUUAAGCCAGAAGCUGCACCUUCUAAAUGGGAGACUUGCAGUGACGUGAUUAAUACUAACUGGAAGGACUCUCCAAUGUCAGUGCUGGACAUUUAUCGCGAACUUAUGCCUUUGGGGCUUCGUAUUUGGAUAUUCAGCGGAGAUACAGAUGCUGUUAUCCCAGUUACGUCCACCCGCCUCACCAUAAAUACUCUUAAGCUUCCAACUGUGAGUCCUUGGCGUGCUUGGUACGAUGAUGGACAGGUUGGAGGAUGGACCCAGCAGUACUUGGGUCUCACAUUUGUAUCAGUGAGAGGAGCAGGUCAUGAGGUCCCUCUGCAUAGACCCAAACUAGCUCUGACUCUUAUCAAGGCCUUCUUGUCAGGAAGUCAAAUGCCGACCCUAUCAGAGCAUGGUGAUUCAUGAAAUUUACUGCAAAAUCAGUCAUGAUAUGGCAAUAUGAUGUUCAUAAAUCCAAUCCACAUUAAUAUUUUUUUUUUUUAAAUUGAAUUGCAUGUGAUCGGUGGUCCAUCAUGUUCUGAAGGAUAAUUUAACUGUAUUUGAAUAAACAGUAGUGGCGUUGGGACUUUGCUAGCAA